AUGCCUCAUUUUUUCAAACCUCUUCAAGCGCUCAAUGCCAUUAUUUUAGCUAUUUGUAUUGGGUCUACAGCGUCUGGAGACAACGGGAUUCUGUGGUUCACAAUCAUAGUUUCUCUGGUUAUCUCUGCAGCAGCUACAGUAAUCUUUGCUCUUCGAAUUCAGGAUGAACUUAUGGAAAGUAUCUCAAAUGGAAGUGUCGCUUGGAAUGUUGUUGAGCUAGUCUAUUCUUUCAUUCUCGCUGUACUCUGUGUUAUCUCUGUAUGGCUUUCGUUCUCUUUUGCUAACAGAUCUCUCUAUGGUACUUCGGCUGGAUACAUUGCUUCAGGACUUUUUUUCAUCGUUCAAACCAUCUUCUAUGUUGUUCCUUGUACAGUUAUUUAUCGUGAAGUUCAAGCAAGCUCAGAAGCAGAACGACAAAACAUUGUGAUUGAGCCAGCUCAUCCUUUCCGAUCCAAUGCAUAUCAAGAUUUGUAA